GGGUGGGCAAACGGGUCCUGGACCCGCGGGUCGGGGCGGGUCUUUGCGGUUCGGGGCGGGUACGGGGCGGGUCUAAGAAUUACAAAUACAAAACGGGGCGGGGCGGGCCGGUUCCAGAUAAAUAACGGGGCGGGCCGGUUCUAAAGAUUGGAGAAAACGGGCCCCCGGCCCGGACCGUUGGUCUACUGUGAUUACGGUCUCUUUUAUUAUUAGAAUUCGACCCUCACUGUCACUCACCCUUUUAUUAUCAGGAUUUAGACCUAAUUCGAUCUCUCCGCUCGAUCUCUCUGCCUCCCUCGAUCUCUCCGCUCUCCCGAUCUCUCUCGAUCUCCUCUCUCUCGAUCUCUUCCCUCUCGAUCUCCUUCUUCUCGAUCUCUCUCUCUCACAGUCUUUCUUUCUCUCUCUCUCUCUCCCAUCUCACCUACCCUAAACCUUCACAAGCCGCCGUAAACCAGGCAUAUACCCAGCUCACCCGCCGUAAACCAUCUGCGCCAGCCACAAGCCGCCAUCCACAAAGCAUCACCAGCUGCGACUUUGUCUCUGAUCUGUUUAAAUUUUCAGGAUCAUAUUGUACCGGUUGUCUCCUCGAUUUUCUUACGCAGGCUGCUUCUUCCUGGGGUUCAUCAUAAUAUUGCUUUGCGCUCAACCUUGCUGGAUUAUAACAGGCACUGGAGUGAUUCAGAUUUCCAUUCUCUAACCGCCGAUAUGUUGAAGAAGGAAAUUCUUUCCCUGAUUGAACAUGAGGGUGUUAGUGAUAAUUCAACGUCAAUAUUGUGCUGUUGGAAAAAAUUCUGUUCUCCCUACUUCCAAAAUUGGUGCAAGAGCAAUGCACUACGUGGCUUGCUUUUGGAUUCCUACAGGGGUAGUUUUGGAUUGAUCAGAAAGAACUCAGUAUCUCUUUUUCGUUGUUCGGAGAAUAUUGAGCGGCUUAUUAAUGGUAUCUCAGGUACUUCUGAUGAUCUCAUCCAUCUUGUUACCAUGGAGGCGGGUUUAAUUCUUCAAUUAGAGGUGCUCGUUAAAAUGCUUAGAUGUGUUGUUAAUGUCAGCCAACAAUUGGGAAAAACAGCUUCUGCUAUAUUUUAUGAAUCAUUAGUUAGUGCACCACUCGUUAUCUCAGCUGAGGAAAUUACUCAUCUUUUGAAGAAUUUAGAAUCUGGAUAUGGUUCAACGGUAGCAAUGCUUCAUGUAUCAGAGCAUGGACCUGAUGUUGCUUUGGAGAGAAACCUGGCUGAUAAAAAAAAAUUGAGGAAAAUUUCUAUUGGCAUGCUGUUAUCUCUUCAUGCCUUGCACAUGAAUCGUACUGUUAUUUCUUUCUAAUGCAGUGUCACUGUGAUUGUGCAGUUGCAAAUUGCAAUCUGUGCAGUUUGCAAACUGUGCAGUUUUCAAACUGUGCAGUGCAGUUAAAAAAAAAAAAAAAAAAAAAAAGGGUACCCGUGUACCCGGCCCGAACCGGCCCGUUUUAACCGGGCCGGGUAAUGUCCGGUUCCUAUACAAGAAAAUCCAAUCCCCGCCCCGUCCCGGCCCGUUUCGGGUAAUGUCAGGUUCCUACAAACUUAGGUUCGGCCCGGCCCGUGCCCAGCCCUAGUUCAUAUUAAAUCACUCUGCAAAAAAUGAAUUAAAACUAAAGUUUUUUAGUCAAUCUCUUUUAGCAAAUACAUAGAUGGU